AUCCCACCUUUGGGUGCCUCACCUGGGUCCAGCCUCGGGCACAUGGGACAAGUGGAGGAUGGAUGCGGCCAUGCAGCGCUUUCCAGCAAGGCAGAGGAAGAAGAUCCGGACUCAGAAAACGAGAAGCUGGUGGUGAGAGAACCAGAGGAUGAGGAUGCUGAAGAUGAAACAUUCUCUUUUAAAUACAGUCCUGGAAAGCUGAGGGGAAACCAGUACAAGUCAAUGAUGACCAAAGAAGAACUCGAGGAAGAACAAAGGGUUCAGAGAGAGCAGCUGGCUGCCAUCUUCAGGCUCAUGAAGGAAAAAAGUGACACAUUUGGAGAGAUGUCUGAAGGAGACAUGAAGGAGCAGCUUAGACUGUAUGAUAUAUAACCUUGCAGCCAGUGGAGACUAUGCCCAAAAGUCACCUUGGCCCUUAUUAUGCAGCACACUGGAGACUGUAGUGCUAUAAACAUGUUUUGGUAGCUAUUUUGCAGUUCCAGUUUGUUUUGCAAACGCAUAUAGGCCUGUGAUACAUAUUUCAAAAGACUUGUAAUGUCUCACCCAUUUUAUCAUUUUUCCUUGAAGA